UCAAAUCUUGACAGUAGCCCUAUAUCUAGGGAACUGCCUGUGUUUAGAGGCAGAGAAACUGCUGAAGGAAACCACUUCCCUUAGUACGUCUAGGUCUGCUUCAUCAUGGCAUCCGCUAUUAUUCUGAACAAUGGAGCACGGAUGCCUAUUAUAGGCCUGGGGACGUGGAAGUCCUCCCCAGGACAGGUCACAGAAGCCGUAAAGGCGGCCAUCCUGACUGGCUACCGUCACAUUGAUGGGGCUCAUGUCUAUGAGAAUGAGGAAGAGGUUGGGGCCGGUGUCCGUGCCAUGAUUGACCAAGGAGUGGUGAAAAGAGAGGAACUUUUCAUCGUCAGCAAGCUAUGGUGCACAUACCAUGAGAGAGCUUUGGUUAGAGGAGCCUGUGAGAAAACCCUGAGUGACCUAAAGCUGGACUAUCUGGAUCUCUACCUGAUUCAUUUCCCUAUGGGCCUUAAGCCUGGAGAAAAAUCUCUUCCUCUUGAUGCUGAGGGCCAAGCCAUUCCAGAUAACAGCACCUUUCUGGAGACAUGGGAGGAAAUGGAGAAGCUGGUGGACGCUGGGCUGGUCAAGGCCAUCGGCAUCUCCAACUUCAACCGAAGCCAGAUUGAGGCCAUCCUGAACAAGCCAGGCCUCAAGUACAAACCUGUCACCAACCAGAUUGAGUGCCAUCCCUACCUGACGCAGGAGAAGCUGAUCAACUUCUGUCACUCUAAGGGCAUCACAGUGACUGCGUACAGCCCUCUGGGGUCCCCUGACAGACCAUGGGCAAAGGCAGGUGAACCGUCCCUCCUGGAGGACCCGAAGAUCUUGGCCAUAGCUAAUAAAUAUAAGAAAACAGCAGCACAGGUCCUAAUCCGGUUCCAAAUUGAGAGGAAUGUUGCGGUUAUUCCCAAAUCCGUCAGUCCAGGGAGAAUUAAAGAAAAUUUCCAGGUCUUUGAUUUUAAGCUCAGUAAGGCGGACAUUAACACCAUUCUGAGCUUCAACAGGAACUGGAGAGGAAUUGCAAUGGAAUGGGCUUCUAAACACAGGGACUUCCCACUGAACGCAGAGUACUGAGCUCCAGUCUUUAUGUUCCUUCUGUCAGUCAAGCGCAAAGAUUUUGUAAACCAG